UGGGAGCCGCCUGCCUCUCCUGCCCGCCCGUUGUGUCAGGCCCUCCUCUCGGCUCCCGGUAGGUGUGUCUCGGGCUCCGUGGCUGCCUGUCUCACUCCUGCAGAGACGCCGCAGCCCGAGAGGUCACCCACCUGAACCCCCAGCGCGCCCAACAAAGACCAGCCAGGUGAGCCGAGAUGGAAGCUGCAGACGCCUCCAGGAGCAACGGGGCCAGCCCGGAAGUCAGGGAUGUCCGCAGCCCCCUGAGCCCCAAUGGCAGCCUGGAGAAUGGGGUCAAAGCUGAAGACAAAGGGGCUAAGACUGCCAACGGGCACGGCGGGGAGGUGGCCGAGGGCAAGGGCGCAGGCGGCGCCCUGAAGCCGGGCGAAGGCAGGAGCUCCCUGUUCUCCGGCAGCGAGUGGCGACGGCCCAUUAUCCAGUUUGUCGAGUCGGUGGAUGACAAGGGCUCCAGCUACUUCAGCAUGGACUCUGGGGAAGGCAGGAGGUCUCCCUACGCCGGGCUCCAGCUGGGGGCUGCCAAGAAGCCGCCUGUCUCCUUUGCCGAGAAGGGGGAGCCGCGCAGGUCCAUGUUCUCAGAGCCUCGGAAGCCCUCGGUGUCCAUCCUGGAGCCCGGAGAUGUCCGGCGGAACAGCUACCCCCGGGGCGACUCCAGCACCCUCCUGCGCUCCAAGUCGGGCUCCGAGGAGGUCCUGUGCGACUCGUGCAUCGGCAACAAGCAGAAGGCCGUCAAGUCCUGCCUGGUGUGCCAGGCCUCCUUCUGCGAGCUGCACCUCAAGCCCCACCUGGAGGGCGCUGCCUUCCGCGACCACCAGCUGCUCGAGCCCAUCCGGGACUUCGAGGCCCGCAAGUGCCCCCUGCACGGCAAGACCAUGGAGCUCUUCUGCCAGACGGACCAGACCUGUAUCUGCUACCUCUGCAUGUUCCAGGAGCACAAGAACCACAGCACCGUGACUGUGGAAGAGGCCAAGGCCGAGAAGGAGACGGAGCUGUCACUGCAAAAAGAGCAGUUGCAGCUCAAGAUCAUUGAGAUAGAAGAUGAAGCCGAGAAGUGGCAGAAGGAGAAGGAUCGCAUCAAGAGCUUCACCACCAACGAGAAGGCCAUCCUGGAGCAGAGCUUCCGGGAUCUGGUACGGGACCUGGAGAAGCAGAAGGAGGAAGUGAGGGCUGCGCUGGAGCAGCGGGAGCAGGACGCAGUGGACCAGGUGAAGGUGAUCGUGGAUGCUCUGGAAGAGAGGGCCAAGGUGCUGCAGGACGACAAGCAGACCAGGGAGCAGCUGCACAGCAUCAGCGACUCGGUGCUGUUCCUGCAGGAAUUUGGUGCUUUGAUGAGCAAUUACUCCCUCCCCCCACCCCUGCCCACCUAUCAUGUUCUGCUGGAGGGGGAGGGCCUGGGGCAGUCGCUGGGCAACUGCAAGGAUGACCUGCUUAACGUCUGCAUGCGCCACGUUGAGAAGAUGUGCAAGGCGGACCUGAGCCGCAGCUUCAUUGAGAGGAACCACAUGGAGAAUGGGGGUGACCACCGCUACAUGAACAACUACAGUAACAGCUACACCAGCGAGUGGAGCACUCCGGACGCCAUGAAGAGGUACUCCAUGUACCUGACGCCCAAGGGUGGGGCCAGGACCUCGUACCAGCCGGCCUCCCCCAGCCGCCUCUCCAAGGAGAAGAACUUCAGCAACCUGUACGGCACCAAAGGUAACUACACCUCCCGGGUCUGGGAAUACUCCUCCACCAUUCAGAGCUCUGACGACAUGCCUGCGGUGCAAGCAGGCAGCUCCUCCUUCUCCCUGAAAGGCACUGGGAAAGUCCCCUAUCAGUUCACCACCUUGGGACAGGCCACCACAGAGUUUUCCAAACCACUGGAUGGCAGUGGGCUGUUUAAAAAUAAUCCUGGCUACCCUUCCCUCAUCAGGAGCCAGAGUCCCAAGGCCCAGCCCCAGACCUGGAAAUCCGGCAAGCAGACUCUACUGUCGCACUACCGGCCCUUCUAUGUCAACAAAGGCAACGGGAUUGGGUCCAAUGAGGCCCCAUGAGUUCCAGAUGGGCUGGAGCGAGGCCCCGCCACCCCCGCCCUUCCCACCGGCUGCUCUCGCUACGCUUCUCAUCUGCCCUCAGCCCGCUAGCUCAGGGCCGCCUGGCCGCCCCCUUCCUCCUCGUCAGUGCGCUCCAUGCAGGCCUCUCCUGCUCUGUAACUAAGGGUCACCAUCUUUCCUGUGCUCGGAUGGAGGUGGGAGACAGCUGGGCUUUUCUCCCCUAACCCACCCCCCUCCUGCUCUUGGGCAGGAUUCUUGGGACCGGUGGUGGGUGCCCACGCAGUACUCGCCCGCCUUCCCUGCCCGGCCCUGCUCUCUUCAGGUCUGUUGGCCGCUUCUUUCCAAGGACCCCUAUGCCACGAUGCAGUCAGUAGGCACCUGGCCACAACAGCUGCCCGCCUCCCAUCCACGUGGGCCACUUCUUCCUGGCAGCUUGCCCCCCGACCCAGGAGAAGACUGGCCCCGUGUGCCCUGCUUGGGUCCUGCCGAUCAGUGCCCAGCCCGGCAGGGCCGCAGCCCUUGGCCACCGCAGAGGAAAGCUCCCAGUGCCCUGGAGUCACCCUGCCCAGCCUUGGGUCUCUCCACAUCCACUGUGAGUGUGUGGUCCCUGAGGACGGGCUCCCCUCACCACCAGGAGGACUUUCGUCAGGAUAGCCCUUUCUUCUGAGAUAAGCCAUUCCGUUGGCGUGACAUACCCCACCCAGGAAGACAGCUCCUGGCCCAGCCGCUCUGAGGGAAAUAUGGUUUACCUGCAGAAUUCCAUUAGUUUCAUAAUUGUGUUUCUCCCUGGCAAUGGGAAGUUAGCACGCAGGUGAAAGUGCGGCGGGGCUGGUAGCCAGAGGUGCUUAUAUUCAAGGGUGCCUACACCCUGCCCACACCCUCAUCCACUGCCCCCACCAGCGUCUUCCUCCUCCCGCCCUCCACAUUGCAUGUUGUCAAGGGGCCUCCUGGAGAGGAGCCCAAUCCAGGAGCACCAACGCACGGUCAUCCCUCCUCUCACUGACCCCUCCCAAGGGCCAUGGGGGCCUCAGGGAGCGGGGCCAGCUGUCAGGGGUGGGAGGGGGCACGGGAGGAAGGGAGGAUGGGGGGAGGCAUGGGGGAGGGAGACAUUCAGCUUGGGCUUUCCCCUCCUGAAUAAACCAUUGAUCAUUCA